UUUUUUUUUUUUAGGUCGUCGUAGUAAAAAAAAAAAAAAUGCAUUUUGGUGUUUAUUAUUUUUUUGUUUGCUAGACAUAUAAAUUAAAAAAUGAAGUUGAUUAGCAAGUUUUUAGAAAAAGAUAGUUCAGGAUCGAUUACUUUGCUUCCGGAGGAAUUGGAAGACAUGUGGCAUGUUUACAACUUGAUAUCGAAAGACGAUUUGAUCAAGGCCACCACUAUUAGACGUUUGCAGUCUGAGAGUUCUACAGGUUCUACUUCCAGUCAACGUGUUCGACUUAACCUGACCAUUACCAUUGAAAGUGUUGAUUUCGAUCCCAAUGUUGGACUGUUGCGCAUCAAUGGUAAAGUAGCCCGAGAAAAUCAAUACGUCAAGAUGGGCAGUUAUCAUACGAUCGAUCUCGAGUUGAAUAGAAAUUUCACUUUAUUUAAACCCGAAUGGGACACGAUUGCUUUGGAACGUGUAGAGGAUGCCUGUGAUAUCACAAAACAAGCGGAUGUAGCUGCCAUUGUUUGUCAGGAAGGUCUGGCGAAUAUUUGCUUCUUGACACAACACAUGACUAUUGUCCGUCAGCGUAUUGAAAUCCCUAUUCCCAGAAAGAGAAAGGGCUCUGUAACAAAUCAUGACAAGGGGUUGGUGCGUUUCUAUGACCAGAUUUAUCAGGCCAUUCUUCGCCACAUUCAUUUUGAUAUUGUCAAGGCCAUCAUCAUUGCCAGUCCUGGAUUUGUGAAGGAUCAGCUCUAUACAUACAUUUUUGAUCAGGCCGUUAAAACAGACAACAAGAUGCUCAUGGAAAACCGAUCAAAGUUUGUGCUGAUCCAUUGUUCUAGUGGACAUAAGCAUGCAUUGACAGAGGUGAUGCAAGAUGCAUCGGUGCAAGCCAAAUUAGCGGAUACAAAGGCAGCGCGUGAGGUACAAGCGCUUGAUAAAUUUUACGAGAUGAUGAACAAUGACCCGGACAGAGCAUUUUAUGGUUUCGAGCAUGUGAAUAAGGCAAAUGAUAGAGGAGCGAUUGGUACAUUAUUGGUGACGGACGAGUUAUUUAGAUCAGCUGAUAUCGGCACCCGUAAAAAAUACGUUUCACUGGUAGAACAAGUGAGAGCUCAAAAUGGCAAUGUAUUUGUCUUUUCUAGUAUGCAUCCAUCCGGAGAACAAUUAAAUCAAUUGACUGGUGUAGCUGCUAUAUUAACUUUUCCUCUACCAGAUAUCGAAGAUAUGGAAGACGAAUAAAAAGAAAUAAAAUAAAAAAUGUAUUUACAAAUUGUAU